UGCUAUAUAACAACGCCAGCACAAAUAUAGUGUGUGCCUUUAGCACCUCUCUCUCUCUCUCUGUAUCUUCCUUCCCAAUCGCUUCAUAUUUAUGGAGACUAGCAGCGUAGAGGAUGAGUCGAGCGAGGUCGAGAGGCGCUCGUCUCUGCCGCGGCCACCGACGCUGCCAGCUACUGAGGGCUUGCAAAGACUUGGUAGCGGCGCAAGCGUCGUCCUCGAUCCGGAGGUCGGUGCCGAGUCGCGGAAGCUGCCUUCGUCGAGGUACAAAGGCGUGGUUCCGCAGCCCAACGGGCGGUGGGGGGCGCAGAUCUACGACAAGCACCAACGGGUCUGGUUGGGAACUUUCAACGAGGAAGAUGAGGCCGCGCGGGCCUACGACGUGGCCGCGCAGCGGUUCCGAGGGCGCGACGCUGUCACCAACUUCAAGCCGCUCGUCGAGACCGACGACGUCGACGCGGCGGAGCUCUCUUUCCUGGUUUCACGUUCGAAGGCCGAGAUCGUGGACAUGCUCCGUAAGCACACCUACCACGACGAGAUGCGGCAAAGCAGGCAAUCCUCCGGCGCCGAAGGGAGGAGGACUUACCCUUCCCGUGGAGGGAGCAUGGGGUGGUUUGGCGGGCCGCACAGGGAGCACCUCUUCGACAAGGCCGUGACUCCUAGCGACGUCGGCAAGCUGAACAGGCUGGUGAUACCGAAGCAGCACGCGGAGAAGCACUUCCCGCAGCCGCAGACCGGCGCUGCGGCCUGCAAGGCGGUGCUGCUGAACUUCGAAGACGCCUGCGGGAAGGUGUGGCGGUUCCGCUACUCCUACUGGAACAGCAGCCAGAGCUACGUGCUAACCAAGGGCUGGAGACGGUUCGUCAAGGAGGAGGGGCUCAGAGCCGGCGACGUGGUCACCUUCCAUCGGUCGACUGGCCCAGAGAGGCAGCUCUUCAUCGGCCGGAAGACGCGACCGGCCGUUGAGGUGGUGAGGCUCUUCGGCGUGAACAUUGCUGAUGUGAGUGGCGUCGUUAGGCGGAAUGCGAAGAGGACGUGCAGGGACAUGGAAUCCACCGUAUCAUCAUCAUGCGAGCUGCUCAAGAGGCGAUGCAGAGAGGGUUUGUAGCAUCGACCGUUGGAUUUAGGCCAACUUUCCAUCAAUCUUUCACGAGAAGCGGUUGGAAGCAUCACCCUGCAAGAAUAAAAAUGGAAAGAGAAAUAAGAACAGUUGCGUAUAUAUUCUUGUCUUACAGAUGUUUGAUCCAAGACAUGAAUUGUUUAUGCUCGAAUUAUGAUCAAAAUAUCUCAUAGUUCAGUUCUUC